GGCAACGUCGACUGAAUGUUACCUGUGUAAGCAAAGCCUAUCUUAUCGCAGCGCGGUGAAUGGCCAACCACAAGCGCAACGGGCCCGUGACUUGGGUGGCUCGCGCGAAGUCGCGCAGCGAGGGGACAGGUGUUCCGUGCUUCGGCGGGUGUCGGCAGUUCAGUGAAAAGGUGCGGGUGGAAGACAGGGCACAUUUUCGUGCUUCGAAUGCGCGGCGAUCGUGAUAAUCCACGAGCACGUUCUCACAGAGCGCACGUGCCGAGCAGACGAUGGCGGCGUCUCUUGCUGCUGCUGCUGGUACCAGCAUGUCUCGUAUAUCUGUUCUACGACUUUCUGGAGCCCCACUUCAUGGCGGCGGGGUGGCUGGUGCAAAACCGCUACUGGCACCAGUGGUUUUAUCGGGCACCGGAGCUGUCCAGCGACCUGGACAAUGCCAGCCUGGUCCUCUACUGGACGCCGGUCUUCCAUGCCGCCGUUAAUGGCGACGGCAUGAAGCCAUUCGCGCACUGUCCGGUCAACAACUGCGUAGGCACCAAUGACCGGCGCUUCCUGUCACGGGCGCGAGCGGUGCUCUUCCACGGCUACGACAUCAGCAUGUGGGACGUGCCUCAUGAGCGGACGGUCGAUCAGCUGUAUGUGUUUUGGUCCCACGAGGCGCCGCCGAUGCUGAACGUGGCGUUCGGCGCCCUCAACUCGGCCUUCAACCUCACCAUGACGUACCGGCUCGACUCGGACGUCGUAUCUCCGUACUUCGAGGUCAUCCGCCGCAACCGCUCGGCGACGGUCGCGCCCGCCGAGGGGGCCGGACCGACAGCGAGCGGCGCGCCAACGCCGCCUGGUGGGCCGGAGCCGACCGUCGCCUGGGUGGCGUCACACUGCACCACGCCCAGCCGCCGCGAACAGUAUGUGGCUGAGCUGCAGCGCUACCUGCCGGUGCACGUGUUCGGCGCGUGCGGCACGCGGGAGUGCGGCGACCCCGCAAAGCGGCGCGACACGCUGGCCUGCUUCCGCCAGCUGGUCGGCAACUACACCUUCUAUCUGGCGUUCGAGAACUCGCUGUGCCGGGACUACAUCACCGAGAAGCUGUUCCGUGCGCUGCAGGUCGGCCUCGUGCCGGUGGUGCGCGGCGCGCCGCGCGCCUCGUACGCCGCCGUCGCGCCGCCCGACUCGUUCGUGCACGUGGACGACUUCGCGGGCCCACGGGAGCUGGCCGCGCACCUGCGCCAUCUGGCGCGAAACGCGUCGGCGUUAACGCGCCUCACUGCCUGGCGCGACAGCUUCACGGUGCGCCCGGUAGAGGGCUGGUGUCGACUGUGCGCGCGCAUGCUGCAGCCGGACGGGCCGGUGCCGGCGCGGUACGACGACCUGCGCCGCUGGUGGAACGACGGCUCGCACUGUCGGUCGUAGCGCCGUCCGUGGACUGACCUGCUGCGGUGGCCGUCGAGUGGCUGCCACACGGGUUCGAGCACUGACAGGAGCCCGGAAGCCCGGGAUCCCAGCCCAUCUCCCGCCAAGGGAUCUCAUUCCGAUGCGUGUCGCGGUGCGUGCUUUACCAGCGCGUGCCUGCAGCUCCGAGAGCAAUCUGACAUGCGCAGAAGUGAUAGCUUACUUGACGUACCAAAGAUCAUUUGCAUCCACGCGAGUACACCCACGGGUGUCACCAUGUCUCUGAGAUAAA